AGCACCGCCGGUCCCUCCACCCUUCGGCUGCCCUCAGCCACUGACGCCUCUGGCCAGAGGACUCCACAGCCCACUUCACCGACUCUGCUUUGGAGGUUUCGCACCAGAGAGCCAGAAAGAUGGACUUCGGCAUGUCUGUUGCCCUGAGCAAGAGAUUCCAAGGAGGGAAAGCAUUCGGCUUGCUGAAAGCCCGGCAGGGGAGGAGGCUGGAGGAAAUUAACAGGGAAUUUCUCUGUGACCAGAAGUACAGUGAUGAAGAAAACCUGGAGGAAAAGCUCACAGCCUUCAAGGAGAAGUAUAUGGAAUUUGACCUGAACAAUGAAGGAGAAAUCGACCUGAUGUCCCUGAAGCGGAUGAUGGAGAAGUUAGGUGUCCCAAAGACCCACCUGGAGAUGAAGAAGAUAAUUUCCGAGGUGACAGGUGGGGUCAGUGAUACCAUCUCCUACCGGGACUUUGUGAAUAUGAUGCUUGGGAAACGUUCAGCUGUCCUCAAGCUAGUCAUGAUGUUUGAAGGAAAAGCCAAUGAGAGUGCCCCCAAGCCUGUCGGCCCUCCUCCCGAGAGAGACAUUGCCAGCCUACCCUGAAAGUCCUUGCUCUACCUGCCUGCCUGCUUCCCCGGCCAGCACUCAGCUGGACUUCUAGUGUCUCCUUAUGACUUUUCUUGUUUGUUUGUUUGUUCCUUAUUGCUUUGUGGGUUUUGUUUGCUCCUUGUUGGUUUGUUUUUCUUUCAUUUUUUACGUUAAAAAGUUUUAGUGAUUUUUUUUUUAAAGGCACAAACUAAUCUGCCUUAGGGGAGUUAGAAAAUGGGAGGAAUCCAGUGCCUUUGGUCCCCUCCCUUCUUUUGCAGAAGGGCUCAUCUGACUUGAGAUGAAUGUUGGGGUAUCGCUGAUAUUAAACCAAAUACCCAUCCUUGGAGACCACUAUUUCCUUUCUUCCAUGAGGUCUCUGGGUAAAAUUAGGUGCACUCCAUUGUGAGAUAAGGGACCUUAGAUUUGGGACCUGCAGAUAUCUUCCCACUUCUCCUAGUAGCUUUUGGGGUGAUCUGAGCCAGAAUUUCACUUUACCUGCCUCUUACUGUCCACAGGACUCUGUGGUCCUGAUGAUAUAGAUGCCUUCUCCAUGGAUAGCAUACUAGAAGGCUGGGAGCAUAGGCAAAAUAGCUGCCUACCACUAAGGUUUUCCCCAUCUGCUCUGUGGUCCCAGCUGCCCCUAGACCUGUCUUCUAGAACUCAGGCUGGUCAGCCUUUCCAUUUGGUAUAAUCCGGGUCUCCAGUAAUUUUGCUAGCUCUAAGCCCCGACUCCUGUCAUCACGAGUGAAGGAAAGAGAAGGUGCUGAAAUCAAGCUGCAAGGAUUGAAAAGAAAAGAGAGGGCAGAAGAAAGAACUAAAAAGUUGGGCCCAACAGAGGAUCACAAGAAAGUUACCUUUGGGACCUUGCUUUCUGGAAAUGAACACAUCUGGGGGCCACUGAUGACCAUGAGGGGAGGAACAAGCUAACUCCCAGGUGGCUGAGAAGUGAUGGUAAUUAUUGGACUGGACAAGAGAGAUGUGAGGGAAAAAAAAGGAAAAAAAAAAGAGAUGUGAGAAAAAGCUGAGGGGGCUUUUAGGGAUCUUCCUUCUAACUUUUAGCUAUGUGACCGUCACAGAGAGUCAGCACAGUCCCAGUCCCAUUUCAAGGGAGGAUCUUGAAAAAAGCAUCAGAGACCAGUGGGGAACUGAGAAACCACAGCACCAAAAUGUUACACCUGACUCUCUAUGAAGAACUAGCAUUGGAACCCUCGGGGAGAGGAGGUCACCCUUCUGGCCAUGACCCAGUUGGUUGUCUACUCCCUUCAGAAAGCUUUAAUGCCUCUUGAUAGCAAAGUCCUAGUAUCUUGCAAACCUCCAUCUGGGUUUUGUUUUCAAAUUGCCUCCCUGGUUUCUCUGAGCAGGAUAUCUCUGACAUAUCCCUAAGUUGUUGUAUUAUAGAAACAGAAUGGCAGAGCUGGAGGGAAUUUUGGACAAUGGAACAUUAGAACUGGAGACCCUCUGGUCCAACCUUAUUGUUAGUAAAUAGCUGAGACUAAAACUGUCUCUUGUGGCUGAAAAAGAGAGAGAGAGAGCCAGAAGGAAAUUCUUGGUAUCUGCUUUGUGUAAAACCUAUGCUAGGUGAAGAUGACUGGCUACCUCAGUACAUACCUUUAUAAUCUAGCAUUAGCAUGUGGAGUCCAUUUGCCUGGACUGUCCAUCUUAUUCCUUUCCUUAAAGACCUCUCUGCCUCCUGCUCUCCCAAGCUUCAGAAAGCUAAACCUUUGAAAUCCUUGUAGAAAACUGCAACGUUAGUCUACUGAUUCAUAGUUAACAGGCAGUGCCCUUACGUCUGAGCUACCUGGCGUCAUGGAAGUCCUCUCUGGGAGCAGCAUUUCAGUGGGCCUGGGGAAGGGGAUUAUUAUGUAGAAUUGACCCACCAUCAACAAUAUGACAGGAUGGCUAUCUGAGCCCCCAGGGCAGCCAGUGAUCUUGGAAUGCCAGCAUAUAGCUAGAGCUCUGUAGAAAAUGUGACAAAGAAGGACUUUGUCACUAGCUGGAUCCCCUUGGUGGGGUGAGGGUGGAUCUGUGUUACUGGAUUAUUUGAUGGUGUUAAUAACAGCUCUUCGAGGAGGGAGGAAGACUGAAAAAUGUAAGUAGUCACAUCUGUGAAUAUUAGGAUGUCCCCCAUUCUGAGCAGGGCUUGUUAUGCUCUGCUCCUGUCUUAAUUGUGAUAGAUGUUGCUAAGCAAAGAACUUAAUGAAUUACCUUGGAGGCAGAGUAAAUAAGCUAAGAGACAGAGAGCCAUGUCAUUGUUGCAUAUGAGCCUACCCGGUCCUGACAGGUUCAGGAGCAAGGAAACCUUUUUGGUUAUGAGUGGUUGAAUUUUGGCUUAAGUAGCUGCCAAUAUGUGCAAACAUAGUUGAAGUUUAACCUUUGAAACAUUUCUCCCUAUUAAAUCCUACCCAUAUUAUUAUUUCCUUAAGACAACCAGCAGAACUAGCAGCUGACCUGAAACGUCUCCUCUUCCCCUCCUCCCCAUUUUAAACUGCUGUCUCUUUUUUUCACUGGGAUGUGCUUUGAGCAAGAUAAAAUCUAUUUUGGCAUCCCAGUCAGAUACACCACAAAUGACUCCCCUAAGAAGUAAGGAAAGAAGGAGCUGGGCUUCUUUCAUUGGGUUCUGUGGCUUUCUGUGACCCCAGGAAAGCCUUGGGGAUCAUUUCCUUCUAUUUCUCCAAGAACUGGGAGCAAGUAAUUUGCUUACAAGCUCUGAGAAGAGGCAGAGAAAGAAGUAUAAGUAUUACUCUUUGAAAGGGGUGUCCUCUGAGAAAACACAUCUGCUCCUUCUCCACGGCUCCUUUGAGACUCAAAACCUGUUGGAAUUCCCCCUCACACAGAGCCAUUUCUGGGAAGGGUGACAACCUUGGAUGGAUCUGAGGAGCUGCCUCUUGCUUCCAGGAUUCAACUUUUCUACCUUGGACUUAGAAGCUGUGGACUUUCAUAUUUGACUUUUUACUUUUGAAAGACCAAGUAUGCCCAGAUUCUGCCACGGGCUUGGGCCCUUUCUUGUGACUGAAGAGGAAGAGUUCACCAGAGCUGAAUGAAGCAUCUGUAUGUUUGUGUGUCUGGAUAGGGGGAAACAUAUGAGGGGGGGAAGGGGGGGGGAAGGAUC